AUGGCGGCAGCUCCGCCGCUCUCCAAGGCCGAGUAUCUGAAGCGUUACCUGUCUGGGGCAGAUGCUGGUGUCGAUGGGGGCCCCGAAUCCGGUCGCAAGCGUCGCAAAAAGCGGCCCAAGCUUGGCGGGACCGGAGGCAAGGGAAUGCGGAUCGUGGAUGAUGAUGUGAGCUGGACAGCCAUCUCCACCACUAAAGUGGAAAAGGAGGAAGAAGAAGAUGAUGGAGAUUUGCCCGUGGUAGCUGAGUUUGUGGAUGAGCGCCCAGAAGAGGUAAAGCAGAUGGAGGCCUUUCGUUCCAGUGCCAAGUGGAAGCUUUUGGGAGGCCACAUUGAAGACAUAGCUUCACAUAGACAUUUCUGUCACGACUCCCCGGAUUCAUCUCCGCCUUGGAGGUUUCGUCAUGACUCCCCGGAUUCAUCUCCCCCCAGGAGGGUCCGUCAUGACUCCCCAGAUCUGUCUCCCCCCAGGAGGGCCCGUCAUGACUCACCGGAUUCAUCUCCUCCAAGAAGGAUCCGUCAUGACUCCCCAGAUUCUUCACCACCCAGGAGAGUCCGUCACGAUUCCCCAGAUCCUUCUCCGCCCAGGAAGCCUCAUCGUAAUUCUUCAGGUGUAUCUCCCAGGAGAGCUCGUCAUGACUCACCAGAUCCUUCUCCUAAGAGGGCCCAUCAUGAUUCUUCAGAUACAACUUCCUCCAGAAGGGCUCGCCAUGAUUCCCCCAAAUUGUCUGCUAAUGUCCCUCAUUCACUACCCAGAACCAAAAGCAGUAAAGCCCCAGAAAAAGCCUCUAGCAAGCCUUCGCCACAUUGGAGGAAGCCAGGACCUUCUCAUUCAUCACUCCCAAAGAACAGCAAAUACGAAUAUGCCUCAGACCUCUCUCCUCCACGAAAAAAGGAAGCAAAAUCUCAUUUUAAAGAUAAGCAUCGUGAUUCUAAAGGCUCUUCUCCCAGCCAUAGAAAAUGCCAUUUAAGCUCUUCACCAAGGAGACAUCAGAGCCAGACCUUGGAUUCUUCUUCCUACCCGAGUGACAGCCGGAAAGCCUCUGAUUCAGAUCUUUCUCCUCCACGGCAUAAACCUAGACAAAGUUUGGGGCACCAGGACUCUGCUUCAGAUCUGUCACCUCCACGGAGUAGAACUAGACACCGGAGCUCGGAUUCUGACCUCUCUCCACCAAGAAGGACACAGAGGACCAAAUCUUCUGAUUCUGAUCUGUCUCCACCUCGAAGGAGUCAGCCUCCUGGAAAGAAGGCUGCACAUAUGUUUUCUGGGGCCAAAACUGGGUUGGUGUUAACUGAUAUACAGCGAGAGCAGCAGGAACUCAAGAAACGGGACCAAGAAACUAUGGAGUUUGAAGCUGAAUUCCAAUAUGCUGAAACCGUAUUUCGAGAUAAGUCUGGUCGUAAGAGGAACUUGAAACUGGAACGUUUAGAGCAAAGGAGAAAAGCCGAGAAGGACACACAGAGAGAUGAGCUGUAUGCGCAGUGGGGGAAAGGGCUUGCCCAGAGCCGCCAACAGCAGCAAAAUGUGGAGGAUGCAAUAAAGGAGAUGCAAAAGCCUCUGGCCCGCUAUAUUGAUGAUGAGGACCUGGAUCAGAUGCUGAGAGAACAGGAAAGAGAUGGGGACCCCAUGGCCAACUUCAUCAAAAAGAAUAAGGCCAAGGAGAACAAGAAUAAGAAAGUGAGACCUCGCUACAGUGGCCCAGCACCUCCUCCCAACAGAUUCAAUAUCUGGCCUGGAUAUCGCUGGGAUGGAGUGGACAGAUCCAAUGGAUUUGAGCAGAAGCGCUUUGCCAGACUUGCCAGCAAGAAGGCAGUGGAAGAACUUGCCUACAAGUGGAGUGUAGAGGAUAUGUAA